AUGGCAGCUGCAGGAAUAAGAACUACAAAUACAUAUUCUUAUUUAGCAGAAGAAGCUGGUGGGUCUCAGAAUGUAGGUUUUACACAAAGAGAUUGCUACAAUGUUGUGAAUAAGGAAAAAAUGGUCAUGUUUGAAGCAGGGGAUGCUCAAAGUUUGAUCAACCUUUUCAAGCACAAGCAAGCAGAAGAUCAUAUGUUCUUUUACACUGUGCAAGUGGAUCAAGAAAAUCGAAUGACAAACUUUUUUUGGAGAGAUGGAAGGUCGCGACUUGACUAUGAGUGCUUUGGGGAUGUUGUAGUAUUUGAUACUACAUAUCGUACCAAUAGGUAUAACAUGAUUUGUGCUCCUUUUGUCGGCGUUAAUCACCAUUGGAAAAAUGUAUUGUUUGGUUGUGCAUUUUUACUGGAUGAGAAAACAGAAACGUUUACUUGGUUAUUUGAUACUUUUUUGGAAUCAAUGGGAGGUCAAAAGCCAAAGACAAUUUUUACUGAUCAGUGUCAAGCUAUGGCAAAUGGCAUUGAAAAAGUUUUUUCUGGGUCGACUUGGGAUGAGCUAGUUGCAGAAGUCAACCUUACAGGGUGCUCACAGAUGUGCUCACGGAUGAAUAUGUUGUAUGCGCUUCGUGCCAAAUGGUGUCCGUCAUUUAGCCAUGAUACUUUCACAUGUCGGAUACAAUCUUCACAAAGAAGUGAGAGCACGAAUAAUGUUUUCCACCAAAUUUCUACCAAGACAAUGAGACUUAUUGAAUUUGUGCAUCAUUAUGAUAAACAAGCAGCAAAAAUGCGUACAAGUGAAUCAGAAGAGUCUUAUCGUUGCAAUCAGGGUCUCCCUUCUAGAGUUGCCCAAAGGAGUGGAAUUUUGAAGCAUGCUGCUACUGUCUACACUAGGAAAAUGUUUAAAAUAUUUGAAAAAGAGUUUUUGAAUAGCUUAGCAGUGACAAUGGAUGAAUAUGAGAGUUGUGGUACAAUACACUCUUUUGAACUUAAUGAGGAGGGUCACACAAGAGUUUACCUUGUCCAACUUAACUCAUCAGAUGGCACGGUUUCUUGUAGCUGCAAAAUGUAUGAGUCCAUGGGUUUGUUGUGUCGUCAUGCUCUAAGGGUACUAAACGUCAAAUCUUGGACUGAAAUACCUUCACAACAUAUAUUGAAGCGUUGGACAAAAGAUGCAAAGAAAGGAUUGCAUGCAAAUGAGCAUAGUCAAUUAUUGCAGGUAAAAGGUGAACCAUCUGUUACAUUGCGUCGAAAUGCUUUGAUGCGAAUGGCUUAUAAUAUAUUGAGUAAGGGAGCAGAGUCCGAAAGUGCUACUAGAGUUGCCAUGAAAAAAUUGGGAGAGAUGGAGGAAUUGAUUGAAAAGGAUAUGAUCAAGUCAAAGGGUGAAGUUAAUAAAGAGAGCAAUGAUAACAAUGAUGAUGAUUGUAAUGCAAAUGGUUGCUCAGUUGAUGAGCCACCAAUAUUGAAUCCUCCGUUGGUCUUCCCAGCUGUUAGCUUGUUAACAACAAACAAUCAUGCAUUGCCUCCAUAUAACCAAGUAAUCCAACCUAGUUUUUCAUUUACAACUAUGCUACAAGAUAGUCAAUUUAUGGCGAGUCAGAAUUCAUCCUCAAGUUUUAUCGCACACGAACCCUUUGGACUAAAUCCUCAUCUCAGCCAGGUGGAAGAUGAUAUGUUUUGGAGCUUUCAUUUUCUUGAGAAAGGAGGGAUUGGAUUGGGAGCGCAACAAAAGCUUUUGGUUUUGGCGAAAAAGGAGGAGGUGGGAUACGAGGAAUCAAUUGCGGCGGAAAAGGAGGAGAAGGCGUGGGGUAGGAGAAGAGGCAGACAUUAG